AAACUAAAGAAAAAUCACGAAUAACAAAAUGUCAAUAUAUACUGUACACUUACUUUUUACGCUGACAGUAUAUGUAUAUUCUAAGUAUAUUUUCAACCCCCCUCCAACAAGUGAUGUGGUGAUUGCCUUUUCGUAAAUAGAACUUUGCAAGUGCUGGGGUGAAUCGCCACUGCAGCAUUCCGUGUAGAUAGUAAAAUACGUGCUGGGGACCCAUCGCUCUCUUUCCAUUUGACAUACGAAAGACAACAGACGAAUGGAAGGCAAGGAGAAACAACUUCACAAACAGUGAAACCAGUACGCGACGACCAGUGAGGUGUGAUCGAGCUUGCAGGCACAUUGUAUUUGAAAAUUUAUUGCGGGCGAAAAAGAGCUAAAAAAUUGACGCUGGUUUUUUUGUCGCGCUUUGUCGUUUGCAAAUUUUUCUCUUCUGUGGUAAACAGUGAAGCAGUAACUUGAGCAAAUAUUUUGGUAAUUAAGCAAAUAUAAAUAAAAUAUGCCACCACCAGAUCCACCAAAAAUUCAGCGACUGCCGUUCAAGGGUAGAUGGUUUGUUUUUUAAAUUUGAUUAACUUUUACUCAAAUUAUAAUCGUAUUACUCCAGACGCCUCUCUCAACAAAGAAGAAAUUUUUUCAUUUGCGGCUCAAAAAUUCGAGGAGAUGACGAAAACAUUCCAAGAAGAACAUUCUAUUUUGCGGGCACAGCUAAUAGCUGUAGAGCAGGCGCUCGCUAAGCAGAAAGUCGUAAUUCGCCAAAUUCAGCGCCAGCAAGCAGAAGAGCUGCCACUGCACAUUAAUUUCCCUAUUAAUUCCGAGCAGGAGUUAGUCAAAUUAAAUGCGGAAAUAAAUGACAACAAUAGGAACUCCUGUAUUAAAACAAUGAGAAUAAUUUUGCAGCCAGGUGUACUUAAAUCUAUGAACUGCAUUCUAACGGACCAACUAACGAUGGAGUUCAAUGUGGAUGGAGUGCAAGGAAAAAAGUCGUUGAAGAGUUUUAACAAUUUUUAUGGAGCUUUGCUGGAAUCUAUUGAAGUUUCAGACACCUUAGGAUCUGCCGAAUCGCAGCUACGCGAAGCUAUUAAACGCCAAAAGAAAAGACAUUUUAGAAAUCUUGCUUUAAAAAACAAGUAGUAUAGGAAAGAAAAAUAAACAAAAUUUAAACUUAUUUAAUUAAAAGUGUUUUUUAUAGAAUUUUGCGUUGGCAAAUCGCUGAGUAUUUUUCUAAUAUAAAAAAGUUUUUUUAAAAAAAAAAUCUGCCAUAUAAAAGGUUUGGCCAUUAACUAUGGUGGAAAACCAAAUUGUGCAAGCAACUUCGGCUGCCACAUCACAGGAGUACUCGGCAGCCGAAUUCUGCCCGCUCAUUUCACACGUAUUCACACACUCGUCCAAUCAGUCGUGGUUCAGACAGCAACGAAGCGUUCAACGGAGUGUUGUGUAGAUCUUUUUUCGUUACACAGUCUCAGUUUUUUAGUAAACAAACCGGUUGCUAACUCCUGCUACGUCAGCCCAUCAGCUGAUUCUAUCAAAUUCGCUGAGAGGGAGCUGACGGUUUUAUAUUAGCCGGACAGGACGCACACCAUAUACCGGAGGAGGAGCUCGGUCAGACAUCGUACAAAGGAUGUACGUAUACGAUGCACAGCUGAACCUGAGCCCACAGUUAACUGACUACUGCAAUGCCUUUCAAACUCAGUUAAUAGCUAUGAAAGAGGGUGCAUUGUGGAUCAGAGACUCCCGAGUUCUAGUACAGGCGUGCCGAAAUCUCGUGCCUCAAAUCAUGGUAUUAUUUUUCGAUUAUCCCCCCACUUCCUGGUUGUUGCUAUUGUUUUGUUGUUGUUGUUGUUGUAGCAGUAAGAGAAGCCCGUCAACGUAGAGUAUAUCAUCGGUCGUCUUCGUCAGGCUCAUCUAAAGGUAGGCCCAGGAAACAUGCUGAUCCGACAGGUUGGGUCCAGAGGGAGAGGGGUGUUGGAUGAGUGGGUUUUAAAGGGCAUUUGAAAAGGUGGUUAGUGUCGUUCGAGGUGCCUUCACAUGCCCGAUAUAAGUUUGGUAUGUCGGGGUCAAUUCUGGAUAAGCAGGAGUUUAACCUGCUACAAUAUCCAGAACGUAAUUGUGCCAGUGUUACGCGGGUCGCACGGGGAAGCUAGAGCUCUUCAUCUGAAAUGGGUGUUGGUUGGACUCCGUUAUUCAUUGGACAGACUUACGGCAUUCACUGGACCGACUUACGGCAUUCACUGGACGGGAGCUUAUGAAGGUGAUAACAUAACAGUCUCCCGGUGAAUGUCGUUUAAUGUCUGUCUAAACACUGUCCGGUCCAGUAGGUAUCUGUUUGCUUUGUCCUGGAUCUCGUCGGCGUAGUGUAGUAGGUGUCUUCUGACGUCCCUGGGAGGCGGCUCUGGCUCAAGCAGGUGUCUGCAAGGGUGAAACCUACGGUAGCACCCUAACAGGAACUGCUUCCACUUCCUGGUAUAUCUGCCCGCUGCCGUACAAGAAGUCUUUUAUUUUAAUUGAGUUUUGAGAGAAAGAGAAAGUUUUGAAUUAGAUGCUCGAGUAGCAAUCUUGUGAUGAUUUUACAACAAGUUGCCGCGGUAUAACAGAAUUCACGUUAGUCGAGAAUGAAGUGCACAACACUUUGAAAAAUCCUCUUGCAUUUUUAAAUCUCCCGUCUGUCGAAAAAUUUCGAAUAUUACAAAACGUUGUUGUUGGUGGUCUAGACCAUCACCUUUACUGAAUGUGCCUUGCUUAAUGCCCAGCAGGAUCAGUUUAAUUUUCCUCUGCCAUACGAUCGCCCCAACAGAAAUGCGGUCCACCUUAAUGUGUCAUAUACAAGUGUAUGUAUGUAUGUACAUAUGUAUAUAUACAUAAACAUCUUUAUUCUCAACCCGUUUGUAAUUUUAAAUAUUCGCUUAAUUGUUUCUUUGCUUCUAAAAUAUAAUUUUAUGUUUUUACUUUGAUUUUGUUGAUAUUUUCAAGUUUUUAGCACACGAACUUACAUACACACGCACCCAGGCAGAAACAAAUUAUUUAAAUAUGUACGUACAUAUUUUUACAUACAGUACAUAGUAACGCACACACAUGCAUGUGGCUGUAUUUACACCCAUAUACAACACUUUUCAUACUUCUUUGUUUUUGUUUUUUCUUUUCAUUUUGCUUGCAUUUUAUUUUCUUUUCAUUUUUUCAUU